AUGAUGGCCCAAGUUAUGGAGAAUAAUGUGAUGAUGGAAACUCAAUAAAUGGAGACGGAUAGUAGAGACAUAUCAAAAAGAUAAUGUGAAGACGGGAAUACAAUUGCAGGAGAUGGAUGCAGUGAUACUUGCACUAUUGAAUCUGGAUUUGCAUGCACUCGAGGAACUAUCAAUUCUGCUGGUUACUGUAACGAAAUCUGUGGAGAUGGAAAAAAUAAAGGAUUUAAACCAUGUGAUGAUGGUAAUAACGUGAAUGGGGAUGGAUGUAGCUCAGUCUGUAUGAUAGAAACAGGCUAUUAGUGUGUAGGUGGUACAUCUACCACAGCAGAUUAAUGUGAAUUAUGUGGUGAUGGCAAGAAUAAUGGAAAACUUGAAUGUGAUGAUGGUAAUAUCGUAAAUGGAGAUGGAUGUUCAUCUACAUGUAAUCUUGAAGUGGGCUACUAUUGCAUAGGUGGCACUUCCACAACAGCAGAUACCUGUCAUGAAAUUUGUGGAGAUGGAUUAGAUAUUGGUAAAUAUGCCUGUGAAGAUGGAAACACAGUAAAUGGCGAUGGUUGUAGCUCUAUUUGCGCAAUUGAGACUGGUUUUUAGUGCUCUGGAGGAACAUCAACUACUAAGGAUACCUGCACUGAAAUAUGCGGAGAUGGGAAGAAUGUAGGAAAAUUGGCUUGUGAUGAUUAAAAUAUAAUUAAUGGAGAUGGCUGUAGCUCAACUUGCACAGUUGAAUCAGGAUGGGCCUGCUCUGGUGGAUCAGUAACAGGAAAAGAUACAUGCUUAGAAAUUUGUGGAGAUUCUAAAAAGAUUGGAUAAAAAUAGUGUGAUGAUGGAAAUGCAAAUAGUGGGGAUGGAUGUAGCUAUCCAGAUUGUAACAUUGAAGUUGGAUAUGUGUGCAGUGGUGGUACAAUAUCUUCUAGAGAUACAUGCACUGAAGUGUGUGGAGAUGGAAAAGAUUUCGGUACCUUAGGCUGCGAUGAUAAUAAUCACCUAAAUGGUGAUGGAUGUAGCUAUCCAGGCUGUGCUAUUGAAUCUGGAUGGACUUGUACUGGGGGAAUAUCAACCAAUCCAGAUACUUGUAAUGAGAUUUGCGGAGAUUCUAAAAAUAUGGGAAAUAAAGCUUGUGAUGAUGGAAACAUAGUCAAUGGGGAUGGAUGUAGUUCAACUUGCACUGUUGAAGUAGGAUAUACAUGCUCAGGUGGAUCAAGUUCAUCUAGAGACACAUGUAUUGAAAUUUGCGGAGAUGGUAAAGACUUUGGCAAAUUAGGCUGUGAAGACAAUAAUCAUAAUAAUGGGGAUGGUUGCAGCUAUCCAGGUUGCUCCGUUGAAGUAGGAUGGACCUGCACUGGUGGGACAACUACUAGUCCAGAUACUUGCCAGGAAAUAUGUGGGGAUGGCAAAGACUUUGGUAAAUAUCAAUGUGAGGAUGGAAACACAGAUAAUGGAGAUGGCUGUUCCUCUACAUGUGAGGUUGAGAGAGGUUACUAGUGUACAGGAGGCACAACUUCAACUAGUGAUAUCUGUGAGGUAGUGUGUGGCGAUAGUAUAUUAAUGCCAGUUGAGGCAUGUGACGAUGGAAAUACAGACAGUGGAGACGGAUGUUCAAGUACUUGCACUUAAAUUGAACCAGGUUGGGCUUGCAUAGGAGAACCCUCAUUGUGUAUUGAGACUUGUGGAGAUAGUAAAAAUCUUGGCAAUCUAGGAUGUGAUGAUGGAAAUCUAAUUGAUGGUGACGGUUGUUCCAGAUAUUGUACCAUUGAAAAAGGAUGGACUUGUUAUUUAGGCUCACCAACUACCAAGGAUGUUUGUUCUUAAAUUAAGACAAGAAGUGGCUAGUUAAAUGAAUGUCUCUAAAUUGCUGCUGCUUUUGAAAGUACUUGCUCUAGUUCUACUUCAGUACCUUUGGCCUCAAUGAUUUCAACAUCUCACAGUUGCUAAAAUGUUGUUAAUUGUCCGAAUGCACUUGCAGGAGGAGUUUGCUCUUGGGAUAGAAAACUAUGUGUAACUUGCUCUGUCUAAAAUGGAGUAACUAAGAUGAGAGUUCAAACUAAUUCAAUGCCAGAUCACUGUUUCUAAGCACCUAAUCAAGCUAUUACUGAAAAUUUGAUUGACUUCGAUGUAGCAUUCAAUUUAGAUACUACAAACUUAGAUACAUUAAUACAUAAGACUUAGAAAUAAGUUGAUGAUAGUAUGUGUAAACUAGAUUGGAUUUAAGAUUAAUGGUUCGAAAAUGUAUACUCAUUUACAAAAUAUUCAGGAAAUACUGAUUAUUUAGUAGGAAUUGCGUUAAAUGGGGUUCCUAUUCACAUGGGAACUUCAGAGCUUUUGUAUGAUGCCCUUUACCCGAAAGCUUAUGAUUUAUUUAAUACUCCGAUUUCAAUUUCAACAGAUAAUUGUCUUGGAAGUAAUGAGAUCUCCUCUUACUAUCAUUAUUACACUUUCUCACCUUGCAUAAUUGCAUCAUCUAUCAAAAGUUAAGAGUAAGCAAGUUCAUGUGCAAAUACUAUUGAUUGCAGUUAAGAUAUUAAAGCCUACUCGAUUUCAUAAGUAUCAUAAGGAAAUAAGAUAAUGUUUGCAAUCGGAAUAGCCAAAGAUGGCCACAUGAUUUAUGGACCUUAUAAAGACAAUGGUGAGCUCUGGUAGCCCUGUGAAGUUGAUAUUUGUAACGGAGUUACUUUAGAUGGAAAUUAUGUUUAUGUAAUAACAAUGUUCCAUCCUUAUACAAUUGGUUGCUGGGGACCAAGUGACUUAAGUAAAUAUGGGCAAUCUUGUUCAGACAAUCCAAAAGUAUGUACAAGCUUAUCAUUUUAUAUUGGUAUUUCUGCUAUUUAUCUUAUUGGAAUAUCAUUUAUUUUAGCUUUUGUAUUAUGA